AUGGCUUUUGAAGCUCCCUUUGAUUUUAUUGGGAGAAGUCUUUUUAGAAUCUGCAAGGAAACAGGUCAUCAAUUGAGAAAGUCAAAGAUUUCAGCUUCACGCAAACUCUUGUUAAAGAGUUUAAUGCUUGCUAAGGCAAAGGAGGCAUGGGAUCAAGAGCAUGUAAACACUCAGGAAGAAAAGCAGAGAUACCUAAGUGAGAGAGUGCCCCAUAGCAACACACAUGGUUUAGGACUGGCAGUAUUACAGGAGUUGUGCCGUGAACUUCAUGAAAAGGUUGGAAUCGUUGAUGAGGAAAGAUAUGACAUUGAAGCAAAGGUUCUUCAUAAUACAAGAGAGAUUCAAGAUCUGAGGAUGAAAGUGCUAGAUCUGCGUGGAAAGUUUAAAAGACCACCAUUACGUAGAGUGAGAGUAUCAGCUGAUGCUAUGCUCCGUGCACUACUUGGCUCAAAACAUAAGGUCUCUAUGGAUCUGCGUGCUAACUUAAAGUCUGUGAAGAAAGAGGAUACAGAAAAGGAACGCCCAGUUGAGGUCAGUGAUUGGCGCAAAAAUGUGGAAGCAAUGUCCGGCAUGGAGGGCAGGAAAAAGAUGUUUGAUGCUGCAAAAUCCCCUACUGGACAAUAACAAGAACCCCAUGGAUCUUCACUUUCUUCACUUCUUUUUCAAUGCUUUAUCUCAGCCUAUAGUAAAUCCUUGUUUUGCUCUAUAACAUUUAUUCUGCAACUGUCUAGUCAUUAAAGUGAUCAGAAAUGAGCUUCCUGUCAGCCUACCACUUAUCAUUUUACAAUUUGAAUAGAAAUGUAAUCUAUAUACAUAACAUUGUAACCAUUGAUCUAAUAAAGAUUCUAACCAUUAGUUUAGUUAUGGGAAUUAAAAAAAAAAUAUUCCUCAGUUUCUUUGCAACCAGAGGUUAUGGUACACAUUUUGCACUUUAGUCCUGUAAUUAAUUUGUUAAAUCAAAACAUUCAAAAAGGACUGAAUGUAAUGACAUAAGGUAUUGAGGGUUGUAACUGAUUUACCCCUGGAUGGUGGAUAUUUGAUGGCUUAGAAGUUGCUAUUUGCUGUCAUGUAGUUUGGAGAAAAGAAGAAGAGAAUCUAUGGGGCGAUUUGAUCACAAUGUACAAAUAUAUGAAUGGACAGUACAGAGAUCUUUCUAGUGAUCUUUUUUAUACCUAGACCGGUCGGUAACCAUGAAAAGGGGGCAUCCUCUUCUUCUAGAAGAAAAAAGGUUUCACCAUCAUCACAAACAAGGAUUCUUUACUGUAAGAGCAGUGAGACUAUAAAACUCUCUGCUACAUGUUAUGAUUUUUAACUCA